AUUUCGGGACGAUAACGAACCGCCGCGGCACUCUUCGCGAACAGCAGCACUCGGUUGACUCGCGAUUCGGAAGCGUCUUUGCCACGUCUGACUGCUCGAUGCGGUCGAAAGUGCUCAACGCCGCGAUUUUGGUUUCGUUUGCUCGGGUUCCCUUUUUUUCGCCUGGUUGGUGCGUGCUACGUGACGCGAGACCCUGCUCCUAGUGUGUGUUUCCUCCGGAUGAGCUCGUCCACGAUUUGACGGAAGAUGGUGGUCCAUUUUUGAUGCUGCGACGUCCGGUGUUGUGUGUCGGUUGGAAGGUGCUCGUCACAUCUCGGAUGAGCGAGGGUGGAUCGCACCUAGGCCUGGAGCGGAGUUGAACAUCCUUCGUACAUGACCCGUGUCCUCGACGAUCGGAUGACAGCCAGCGCGAGACACUUGCACGCCCUUUCAAUCGAAGGUCACCAGCGGCGACACAGCGGGCAGUUAUGACGACGACACCGGCCAGGCCGGAACCGGAAGUGCUUCGUCGCUAGCCGAGGCCAUGUCUCGCCAGCCGUGAGGCAGGGCCACCUCGUGGCCAGCGCUGCAGGCAUGCGUUGCACCAGGCUCCUGCUGUGCCUGCUGGUCACCCUUGGCCAGCUGUCCGGUUCGCUGUGCUUCCAGUGCAGCGACCGGUGCAAGUGCAUCUGGCGGAACGGGAAAAUGACUGCGGAGUGCAUGCUCCAAGGACUGUCCUCCCUGCCCACGGGUAUCGACGAGCGUCUACAGGUCCUCAACCUGACCCACAACUUAAUCCAAGCACUACCCAAGCGAGCCUUCUCCACUGUAGGCCUGGUGAACAUCCAGAAGCUCUACCUGUCCCGCUGCGAGUUGAGCCACAUCGACGACACCGCCCUCUUCAAAGUGACCAACCUGAUUGAGCUGGACCUUGCCGAGAACAAACUGUUGGCCGUGCCCACAGCUGCGCUGAGCCACGCCCGGAACCUCCGCAACCUCAUCUUGAGCGGAAACCCCAUCACCCUCUUGGCCGACAUGUCUUUCGCCGAGCUGAGCGAACUCUCGGCCCUCGAGAUGUCGGGCUGCCGCAUCGAGACAGUGUCCGUGCGCGCGUUCGAGGGCCUCACCAAGCUUCGUGUCCUCAAGCUCGACUUUAACAUGCUACAGACACUUCCUGGAAGGGCCAUGGCGCCCUUUCAGGCCCUCCACGGCGUCGCCUUGGACGGAAAUGAGUGGCGGUGUGACUGCGAGCUCAGAGCCUUUCGGUCCUGGUUGGACAGGAACAACGUGUCCCUCUACUCUCCCACGUGCCACAAGCCGACGAGGCUCAACGGCAAGCCCUGGAAGAGUCUUUCCCCAGCGGAUAUGGCUUGUCCUCCAACAUUCCUCAACACCAGCACCGGUACGCCGGACUCUAUAGUUGUCCAAGAGCUUAAUAACGUCACGCUCGAGUGCCGCGUGCGCGCCGACCCCCUAGCAGAGCUCAGUUGGCUCUGGAAGGAGAAGCCUGUCGCAAACCGGACAGAAGACUCUGCCCCGGGGCAGCCGACGUUUCUCAUCACGCAGCAAGAUGCCGGCGACCACGAGCGGCUGUCUUGGCUCACGCUUAGCUUCGUGCAAGAACCCAGCGCUGGCACGUACGCGUGCGUCGCUCAGAAUGCAGCUGGUCGCCUGGUACGCAACUUCACACUCGCGGUCAACCGGCGCCCCACGGAGGUGCGUGCUUCGGCCGGCGGCACGGCUGAGGUCGAGAUGACGGAGCGCGUUCGCGAAUCCACAGAGCUCCAGCAGCGCCCGUACAACGAGAACCCCGUGCUGGGAAUGGUCAUCGGGAUCCUGGUGGGUGCGCUGGCUGUCUUGAUGGUAUUCGGCAUUGCCCUAUGGCUCUGCCGCCGCAGGGGCCGCCGUAGGGGUCCGCAAGGUGUGCGUAAGGCCAAACGUAGCGAGGCAUCGUCAAACCACAAGUCGCUGCACAGCAACAAACAGCAGCAGCAGAACUCUUCGAGCGACGCUGCAGAAGUGAAGCUUCUGGUGAACCCGAUACAGAAGCCGCCACGGCUGCUCAUGACCAACAGCUACCAGGGUCUCCCAUCCGAGCUUGAGCCAUUAGACCCUAUCGGCCUCUGCGUCGAGUCCUCGUCAGGCGUCUGGGUGGUCAAAGACCAGGACUACUCGACGGACGAGUCCGUCCUCUCGUCCGUGCCUUCGCGGACAGGCACCAUCGACCGAAGGUCUCUCGCCCGAAGCCCGAUUCCGGUACCCAUGCCCAUUGUACCGGCCGAUGAUCUUCACCUCAGGCUCCACGGUGAACUCACAGACACACUGCGGCGCGUCAAGGGGGACCGACGUCCCAUCGUCGAGAGACCCGAUGGCCCUGCGAUGGACGGGCCGCUCUACGGCGGCCUCGAGACGCUACGAGUAAGGGACUUGGAGGCUAGGGGACCGGACUUGAUCGAUCAGAUCGGGGCAGCCACGGGACAGAAGCCGUCCCCGUCACCGCCGUCGCAACGGUGGAACCCUUACGACCACCCGUCGGCGUACUACCGUACCGCCGGUACGCCUCAGGGAUACCCGCCCAGCAUCCCCGAGGCACCCACGGACGGAACCGAGGUCUAGUCGCAGGUGUGACUUCCGGUAACCUGUGUCUCAUGUACUCAACGUGGGCCUGACGUGCUUGGCGAGUGGGGAUUCGCGACGACACGUCUUCAUCCGUGCUGUAUGGUUAGGUCUUGAUACCAGUGCCGCAACUUGGCCUAGAGUGAGGUCGUCAAAGACCAAUACCACAGAGCUACACCGAGAGUGAGUGCGACAAAACCCAGUGCCAUCGUGCUGCGCUUCGAGCGGAAAAGCUGGGCCUAUAACUACGUGUCUAGAAGGAUCCUUGUGCGUUGGAACAAAUUCGAGCAUCAUGGUGUUAGCUUUGCGACAGAGUCCAGGAGAGAAUCUGCAAAGAGACACCAUCGCAUUGUUGUUGUUUUUAAACUUGACUCUAAUCGCUUCCAAGCGUCUGUCUUGUGUCAACAUGGUUCUCCCUGAUCAACCACUCUGUUUAUGAAGGGUCUUUUCUUGCGUGUGGUUGGUUCGGGGGCGUGAAAAAGUUCCAAUAGGUAUCUCUUGCGAUUUCCGUUGUAUGUUUCCCCUCCCUCAUUCUGUUUUUAUUACAAUUUGUGUUUUGCAGAUAUACAGAUUGUGUCAUGUCGCAUUUUGUAGCUUUCAAAUAGCUUAGGUUCCGACCAUUGCCAAGCAAGAAGGAAGUGGGGGAUCGUUGAUGCACGACUGGUCACGACAGAAACGAACCCACUUCGCAUGGCUCUAGGAAGCGCGUUGCAAAAAUUGCACGGAACACCUAGUCUUACUUUAGAAUGCGGCAAAACUGGUGGGUUUUAGAGACAUUGUUCAAAGUGUUUCAGAGGCCCAAGAGAGUUAGCAGUUUCACACCGAGCAGCCUGGCGCUUGUACCUGGGCAGUGCUACGACAUGUCUUGCGUCUGCGCAGUUCUAAGACAAAUCAGCUUAAUUUGCAUCGCAGGCGUGGAACUCACCGCUUUCAUUUUUACCGUUCAAAGUGGCGCCUUGAAACGCGACAAGAGCGAAAACGCGGACGCUGGUAACAUUGUUGUUGUCUUUGGCUAAUGCCAUUAACAGGGAUUACAUGUUUAAGGGAAGUAUGAGAACACUUCGUGAUACCACUAGAGAAACAUUUCAAUUGAAUUUCUUUUAACGUUUCUCACUUCACAUUUAGCAUUUUUAGAAAUCAUAAGCUUAUUUCUUUCAGGUGCGGAAACAAAAUGUAUGUGUAAGAUCAGCUCUGCAAAUAAGGAUAUUGGAAGACUAUAGUACAUGUGCCACUAGGCUAAUUGCAACUUUGGAUUCAUGAGCUCCCUGUUAUGUACAAUAGCCGCUCAUUACAACCCUAACACGGCUUUUCACGAACCCCUUUCACAUCACAAAUUCAUUUGCCACCUUUUUCAGGUGACAACACCUGAAAACAACAUUUGCAAACUCUUUUAAAAAAAACAGGAUAAUAUUUGCGAACCCGUUCCAGAUAAGGAUAACAAAGCAGCUACGUUUUUUAGUUAAUCUUUGGCUUUUGCGAGCUAGCACCCACGAAAUCUAACUUUUCAGAUGUUGUUUGCCGCUUUGUGUUUAAUACUUGACCCAGAUAAAGACAAAUAUGUGGGUUUGUCAAAUACUUUCUACAGGCACUUACCUGAUGGUGUUGACACACGUGUCAUGGUAGCUUUUUAACAGAAGAUAUGUUUAACGCAUUAACAUUAACUGACAUCUACGUGUGUCGUACUAUACUGAUUUACCCAAAGUCAUUAUUUUCACCAGGGAAGUCAGAAGAUAGUCAGGAGCCUGCUUACUUUUAUAUUUCUGACUUAUCAUUGAAUAGUGCAAGCAAGCAUUUGCCAUAAGACUUUUGAGGUUAAAAGUAGCGGCUACUUUACUUCAAAUGAAGGACACUAGUCUCUUCUGAGCAAAAUCGUGACUUAUUGUCUUCAAACCAUCGGCCGAUAGGCGGAACAAAUGUGUACCUGAGCGGUGAUUGCGGUCACUGUCGUUGCGAAUCAAACAGUCAGAGUGCAUUGUCAAGUAGCACAUUGUUAUCAAUUACACCCCCGUUAAAACACCAGCAAAUUGAAUUACAUAUGAUAUCGAGCAGCUAUACUUAAUUUCUGCGUCCGGAUCAGCCCUGAGGCUGAGGUCUUCAGAGAAGUGUUAGGCAUCACAAUUUUGCAUAAUUGUAAGCAUAGUUCGAGGUUUUUUAGUUCACUCGAAGCGUGAUGACUGGUUCACAUUAACUUCUGUAUGCAACCAGUCUCGUUAAGUUCAGGAAUUACUUCACGUGGCGUUAGCUGUGACGUCCUUAUUGGCGAAUGAAGCCGUUAAUAGCCAAAAAAAGGGUGACGCCAGCUAGAGCGCUGAGUUAGUUUUCUAGACAUCACACUUACAACCGGGAAAAAAAUCACGGGUCGGAGAAACUUUACCGCGAAGACAAGGCCAGCGCGCGACGUCAACGUUGGUGGCCAUGUCUUACAUGGUCGUAGGCCAUUUCAUUCGGCCACCGAUCUCAAACUUUUGCAUCACCACACCCUGUCAUCGCACCCGCACCGCGUGGUAGAAUAGCUGAAAGUUGUCGCGUCCCGACUUGUGUUUGCCUGGUUUUCCAGACCUAGCGGAUGCGGCAGAUUUGUUUCUCCACGCCCGCGAAGUGACUCUCCCAUCUAUACGGCACAACCUCAUCGUCAACAACCUGCGAAACACACGGGCGGAAGCGGAAGCAAAUGGCACUAUUGCAGAACAGCCGACCGCAAAUUUAGACGUCUUAUUGCACUCCGCUUCGCUUUAAGUGCGACCUCAGCCGACGCUGUGACCCGAUGGAGCCAAUCAAUAAGCAGCACCAACAGUGCAUUGUCACGGGGCUUUUUGGACGUCCGCUCUCACCGACCAAAUCAAUCUCGCAACGUGCCUGACUGGUUCGUCCGGUGAUAGCACAAAGACAACGAGGGCCUUGACGACGCACUUUGGUGCUGCUUGAUCGGCACCAUCGGAUCGUUCUGGCCGAAAUUCAAGUGAGUCGCACCAUUCCCAUUCGACGAAACCUAAAACGUUUUGUCUAUUGCCAAACACCUUGAGACGUCUACGCUGAGUUUGUGCCAUUUGCUUUCAAAAGUCGCCGAGAUCAAAAGAUGAAGCCGGGAAUGGGGUCUCAAAUGUCGCUGCACCAAGUCCCCAAGUAUUCCCCCGUGAGUUACAGGCCGAAGUGUUUCUACCGCGUACAUUGGCAAGCAAAAAAAAAAACAAAGAAAACGGCGGUGGUUACUUGAGGUUGUUGUGUCUCCCUUCGUUCCUUUCCUGCAAGAAAACAAACAAGAUGAUGAUGUGCCUUAGCCAGCGUGUAGAUUUCUUGCAGGUGAAAAAUAUAAGACACACACAUACAUAAAGAUGGAGACUGUACUAAGCCGAACCGGGCCAUGGGUGCAAAGGGAGGGAGUCUCUCCUCUUUCUUCCUCCUUUCCGGCUUUUUAUCGCACCUUCUUAAGAGACCGCCUGGCGAGCAGCUCAAAAAGACGUGUGAAAAUGUGACGAGAUGUAAAUGUUUGUGUGUGUAAAUAUUAUACAUAUUGAACAAUGGACUUGAAUAAAACCAAAACAGGAAUGUUCCAUGCA